AUGAAUUCCUCCAUACCACGGGCACUCUCCUCCACCCUUGCCCUCCGCCCUUCCUCCCGCUCAGUGGUCUUCCAAUGGCCCUCGAAAUGCGCCGCACGAUCGUUCUCACAGUCCAGCUUAAGAGCUGGAAUGACCGCUCCUAAAGUCAUGGCCCCAAAACCUCCAGCGCAAAUGAGCAUGAAGAACCGUCUGCAGGAGACCAUGAGGGGGAUUAAUAAGGAGAUGGUGCCAGAUGAUAUCGGAAUACUGCCCGGUACAUUUAUUCGGCCAGUAUGGCAGAACCUCCCCUCGUGGUUUUCGGACCCAAAGACAAGAUUGCAUAUGGAGUGGAUGCACUGGAAGAUGAAAUUUUUGAACUUCAUGAGAGAACGGAAGAAGAUGGCAAUCGAGCUUCACAAGCGCAUGUAUAACCAUUUUGCCAGUGGUAAUCUCGGUGCUCUGCAAACCUACUGCUGCCUUGGCAUCUUCGAAUCGUUCUUUAAGCGCGUUGUCCGACGACCUGCUAGCUCUCCCGAACUUAUUUGGAAACUACAUAAAUACCUCAAAUUCCCCCAUUCCAUGACCAUAACCGGUGCUCGUGUGGUGUCAGAUCGUGCCGCAGCUCUACCCAAUGCAACAGGCAUGGGAAUCAGACAAGUUGUUGUACGAAUACAAAGCCGGCAGUCUCUCAUCACCCCACCUGCGCCUAUAGCCCGCCUAAGUGAGAAACAGAUCCAAGAUAUUGAAAAACAACAGCAGGAAAAGCAAAAGGACUGCACUGAGUACAUUGUUCUUCAGAGGUUUAUGUUGGGGGGUAAAGAUGGGGAAUGGAAGGUCUGGGGCUUAGCGGAUGAGACAACUACAGAGGACCUACGGACAAACCCGAUGUUUAUGAAGGGGAUAACGAUGAAAGACCGACUUGAAAUGAUGGCGGCUAGCAGAUAA